AUGGUGGGAGCCUCCUCCAUUAUGCUAGCAAUGCCGGUCGUCGUAAUACACAUUAUUAUUAUAUGGGUGAUCCAGAGAUUUAGUGCCAAGAGUACACGCUCGUCGGCGAUGGUGCCGCUUCCGCCGGGACCGUCGCCGUGGCCAGUUGUAGGCAACCUGCCCGAGAUAAAGUUGAACAAGCCGGCGUUCCGGUGGAUCCAUCUCGUGAUGGAGAAUAUGGGCACCGGAAUCGCCUGCUUCCGCCUCGGUGGCAUCCACGUCAUUCCGAUCACCUGCCCUAGGAUUGCCAGGGAGGUGCUCAAGAAGCAAGACGAAAUCUUCGCAUCCCGCCCCAUCACCUUCGCUUCGGGUGUUGCCGGCGGAGGGUACAAGGAGGCUGCUCUCUCACCGUUCGGCAAGCAGUCGGUGAAGAUGCGGCGAGUGCUCACCUCCGACAUCGUAUCCCCGUCACGCCACAAGUGGCUCCAAGGGAAACGCGCCGACGAGGCCGACCACUUCACACGGUACCUCUACAACCUCGCUGGUGCCGGCACGGGGGAGAUCGACCUCAGGCACGUCACACGGCAUUACUGCGGCAACGUGAUCCGGCGGCUCCUCUUCGGCAGCCGGUACUUGGGCGAGCCGCGGCCUGACGGCGGGCCGGGGCAUUUGGAGAUGGAGCAAAUCGACGCCUCCUUCACCGCGCAGGGCAUCCUAUACUCGUUCUGUGUGAGCGACUACCUCCCGUGGCUGCUCGGGAUCGACCUCGACGGCCACGAGAAGAUCGUCAAGAAGGCCAACGCAACGCUCGAUAGGCUGCACGACGCAGUCAUCGGCCCACGCUGGGGGCAGUGGAAGAGCGGCGAGAGGGAGGAGGUCGAGGACUUGCUGGACGUUCUCAUCACGCAUGUAGACCGCGACGGCAACCCGUUGCUCACCAUCGAGGAGGUCAAAGCACAGUCGAAGGUAAUGAUUGAAAUGUUAAUUCAUGACGAUGAAUCUAGUACAAUGUAUAUCUCGCUCAUCAUGCUAGCUGCGGUUGACAACCCGUCCAACGCCGCCGAAUGGGCGCUGGCGGAGAUGGUGAAGAGGCCGGAGCUGCUGGCGACGGCAUUGGAAGAGCUAGACCGGGUGGUGGGCAGGGAGCGGCUCGUGCAGGAGUCGGACAUCCCGCAGCUCAACUACGUCAAGGCGUGCAUCCGCGAGGCUUUUCGCCUGCACCCAAUCGCUCCAUUCAACGUUCCACACGUAGCCCUUGCCGACACCGUCGUCUCCGGCUACCGCGUGCCCAAGGGCAGCCAUGUCCUCCUCAGUCGGACGGGUCUGGGCCGAAACCCCACCACCUGGGACGAGCCGCUCCGCUUCAUGCCAGGGCGCCACAUGGAGAAGGGCGUCGACAAUGUCGUGCUCACCGAGAACGAGCUGCGCUUCAUUUCCUUCAGUACCGGCCGCCGCGGCUGCGUUGCCACAUCGCUGGGGACAGCCAUGAGCGUCAUGCUAUUCGGCAGGCUCUUGCAAGGCUUCACAUGGAGCAUGCCGGCUGGGAUGCGGGACAUUCCUCUCACCGAGUCCAAGCACGAUCUCUUCAUGGCCAAGCCCCUGGUGUUGCAUGCCGAGCCACGCCUGCCGGUGCACCUCUAUCGUCCCGUUAGCCGUGGUUGAAAAUAUCAGCGUGGGCCGGCGAAAUGAGCUUUGGUGGUUAGGUUCUUUGUUGUGAAACCUGCCCAUCCAGGUUUAUGUCUUGGACUAGACCAUGAAAGCGCGUGUUGCUACGCCCGUCCAUCUACCGAGAAAUGGAUAAUAGAAGGUACACGAGAAUAACUGGUUAGUUCAAACACUGAAAAAAUAUGGAUAAUAUAUGAGUGGCACACUGUAGAAAAAUCUAAUAUGCAAAGAUUUUACAUAUGGCAAUUCAAAGCAUCACAACGAUCGAUGCUAC